AUGUAAAAUAAUCAAGGCGCAGCCACUUAAGAGUAAUCUAUUAACUAAGAGAAUAAGUAGGAAACAAGAUUAUGCAAUAUAUGCUUGACUUUCUUUGGAACGGCAGCCACUUAAUUUUAUUGUUCUAAAUGUUACUAAACCAUACUAAAGGAAACCAGUUCAGAAACCAAGUAACAAAAAUAGGUUGUGUAAGAAAUAAAAUAGCAAGAUGAGGUAAUAAAGAUGAAAGAAAACCCCUCGAAAUGCAAGGUUUGUAAAAGAAAAUUGGGAAUAUCUGGCAUAUAAUGCAAAUGUGAAGCAUAUUUUUGCAAUAAGCAUCGUUUGCCAGAGGAGCAUUAAUGCACAUUUGAUCAUGCAGAAAAGGCUAAAUAAUUACUUAUUAAAAAUAAUCCAUUUGUUAAUAUCAAAAAGCUGGAAGAAUUGUGA